AUGGGGGAUCAACAUGAAAGCAACAAGCAGGAGGUCUCUAAUACAAAGUCAUCCUCUCUUCCAUCCGAAAUCAAAAAUCACCAUGGCAUCCAAGUUGUUGUGGAUUUAGGGGAUUACAACCUUCAAGAUAGAGCUAUGCAGAUCAACACCAGAACUGAUGAAGAAGUGAGUGAGGAUACUGAGGAAGAAGCAGAAACAGAAAGACUGGCAAAAACAAAGACAAAUUACAACCUUCCUCUAGGGGAAGGAGUCAAAGUUGAUUUUCCCAUUUGUUAUUCCAUGAUUAGUACAAUCUUCUGGAAUAUAAGGGGAGUGAGGUCCAAGAAGGCCUUACCUAGAUUGAAGAACUUGUGCGACAUCAGCAAAAUAGACUUCGUAGCCAUUAUGGAACCUUUUGCCAACAAAAACAAAAUUGAAGGUUACAGGAGAUACCUGGGCUUUCAACACUACUAUGCUAACACGAAUGAUCAAACUUGGUGUUUCUGGAAGCAGAAUUGCAAAGCCACUAUUCUUGCAAAUGAGAAACAACAAGUUACCAUUCAUCUCAAACAUGAUAUGUAUGACCCUGAAGUUUACAUCACAGCGGUAUAUGCCAAAUGUACUUCAGCUGAAAGAAAGGAUUUGUGGGGCAGCUUAGAGAAUAUACACUCUAUUAUCAACGGACCUUGGUGUAUUGGAGGAGAUUUCAAUGUUAUCAUGGACCCUGGAGAAAAGUUGGGAGGUAAUCCUCACAGAAUGUCGAGGAGCUUUGACUUUACAAAUUGUAUGGACAACUGUGAAGUCUCAAACAUUGGUUUUAUUGGCCCCAAAUUUACAUGGUGCAACAACUGGAGACCAAGGAAAAGAAUUUGGAAAAGACUUGAUAGAAUAUUCAUUAAUGACCUGUGGGCCCAAUUGUUUCAAGUGUGCAGCGUUAAACAUCUUAACAGAUCUGGGUCUAACCAUAGACCCCUCCUGUUCAAAUGCCACAACAAUUUAUCUCAUAAUAUCAAGUACUUCAGGUUCUUAAACUUCUGGACUAAACAAGCAGGAUUUUAUGAACUUGUUAGCGAUAUCUGGAACACCCAUAUUCAAGGAAACCCUAUGUGGAAACUUCAGCAAAAGCUUAAACUUUUGAGCAGGAAACUUACUCAAUGGUCCAGGGAUGACAUUGGGAAUAUUUACGACCAUUUUAACAAAUGGGAAGCAGAGGUGAAGUUGUUAGAAGAAAUUGACCAGGAACAAAAUACUGAACAGAGCAGAGAAAACUUAAACAAAUGUCAGGCCGAAUACAAUAGUUUGAAGAAGGAGACUGCAACACAAAGUAUUUUCAUAGCGUUAUCACAGAAAGGAGGAGGAAGCUUAAAAUACACAGAAUCAAAAACCACAAAGGAAAUUGGGUGUAUCACUGAUGAGGAGAAUGACAUCCUUGACUCUGUUCCAAUGGAAGAAGAGAUUAAAGAGGCUAUUUUCAGUAUCAGCGGGGAUAGUGCUGAUGGUCCUGAUGGUUAUAACGGGACCUAUUAUCAUAGAUGUUGGAACAUCAUUAAAUAUGACAUCAUUCAAUUUGUCCAGGCCAUCUUUAAUGGUAAACAUCUGACUAAGUUCUUCUCUCAUACGUGCCUUGUGUUGAUCCCAAAAGUGGAAGCUCCUGAGACUUUCUCUGAGUUAAGGCCUUUUAGCCUCAGCAAUGUCUCAAACAAGAUCAUCACUAAGAUCCUGUCAAAAAGGAUUAACUCACUCCUUCCCAAUUUAAUCUCUAACAAUCAGAGUGGUUUCAUCAAAGAUAGAUUGAUCACAGAAGAUGUCACUCUUGCUCAGGAGAUUGUUCAAGGUAUAAAGGGCCCCAACAAAGGAGGUAAUGUUGUGCCUAAACUAGACAUGGAAAAGGCAUAUGAUAGAAUGCAUGGUUUCUUUACAUCUUCACAGGGGCUGAAGCAAGGAGAUCCCCUCUCACCUUCCUUGUUCAUUCUGGGUUCUGAAGUUCUCACCAGAUCUCUUAACAAGCUUCAUGGAGAUGAUAAUUUCACUCCUUUUAACAUGCCAACAAGAGGUCCUCAAAUUAAUCAUCUCGCUUAUGCGUAUGAUAUUGUCAUCUUCACGGCAGGCAACAAUAAAUCCAUCAAGCUCAUCAUGAAUAAUAUCAAGAACUAUGGUAAGGCAUCCGAGCAAAAACUCAACGUCGAUAAGUGCUUCUUCGUUACAGCUCCUAAUACUAAAGCUGGAAGGAUAAAUAGAAUCAGGAGAACCACUGGCUUCAUGGACAAACAAUUUCCUUUCAAGUAUCUAGGAUACCCUAUCUAUACAGGAAGGAAGAAAAUUUGCUACUUUGAGGAGAUGGUUGCAAAGAUUGUUAAGAAAAUAAGCGGAUGGCAAGGAAAGAUGCUAUCGUAUGGAGGGAAAGUGGUUAUUAUUAAAAAUGUUCUACAAUAUCUCCCUCUAUACACCCUUUCUACAUUGUCCCCUCUACGCUUAAUCUCAUUGAGAAACACUUUGCUAGAUUCCUCUGGGGUUCCCAUGGUGAUAAGAACAAAUUUCACUAGAGCUCAUGGAAGAAACUACGCUUUCCAAAAGAAGAGGGGGGAAUAG